AUGGAAAGGAUAUAUUUUCCAGAAACUUAUGAGCCAUUAGAAAUUGAAAUUGAAUUUUGGAGUUUUUAUAUAACAAAUUAGUAAAUGACAUCUUAUCCUUUUGUGGAUAAUGAACCUUACUAAAAUAAUACAAAAAAAUAACUAAUAUUUAUGAUGAAAACUCUAGAUGAUAAUGAGGUUUUAGCAUUUAUGUAUACGACUUUGGUAACAAAUUAUUUUAUAACUCAUAAUCUUUAUGUUGAAGGUUAAAUGGAAUAGAUGUAUUAUUUGCCAUCUGAAUAUGAAGGAAUUUGGAUUUUACAUGUUUUUGCUAUUUAUGGAUAAGAUAUAUUCUUUGAAACUUUGGGAACUAUAGACGUACAUAGUUCUUAUUAUUUUUAUAUAAAUAAGUAUAUAACAGAAUCUGAAAUAUAUAUUGGAGGAUCUUCAUUUGUAAUUAUAAUAUAAAUAAUUUUAGAUUAAUAAUUAAUAUGAAUUAUCAGUAUUUAGAGGAAGAUUAUCCAAAAUGUUCCUUUUUGAUUAAUACAGACCUAUUUAGACAGUAUAUUCUUAGAGAAUAUCAUAUUUGAGAUAAAAUGAAUAUUAAUAUACAGUAAAUUUGAUUCCAGAUUUAUUUAAUUUUGAUGGAAUAGUAUAAAAAGAAAUUGAGUUUGAAUAAUUUGGAAGGAGAUUUUGUUUAUAUGGAUGGGUAAAAUAUUAUACAUUAGAUUCAUAUUCAUUAAAAAAGUUUUUAUUAGUAAGAUUGACAUUAUAUAAAAAUUAUUAAGAUGAAAUUAAUUUAGGAGAUGAAUUAUUAAAAAUAACAGUAGAUAUAGAUUUAUCAGGUAAAUAAAAAAGUGGAUAUGAUGUAAUAUCUCAUCAUUAUUGGAUGCCAAAUCUUUUUGGAUUAAAUGCAUUAGAAUAAUCACCAUCAACUGAUAUAAUUAAUUUAAGAGAUGACUUACCCUAUUUAGAAUUAUUAUCAAAAUGGCAUUUUAUUUCAUUUGAACAUGGAAUUUAUUUUGAAAGUUAAAGAUCUUAAUUUAAAAUUAAUUAUUUUGAUAAUAAUGAUUUAGUAUCUAAUACAUAUUAUCUUGGUAAUUUUAAGUUUAAUAAUCUAUUUAUAAAUACAAAAUACUAUGCUAUUUUUGGAGGUGAUUAUACUGUUUAUCAAAAAAUGAAAGGAUAAAUAUAUGGAUUUUAUUUUAGAUCAAAUUAUUAAGAUGACUUAAACAUUCAAUUUAGUAUUACUAAUAUUUAUUUUUAGCUUGUCAUUAUAGUUGUUUAACUUGUAAUGGGCCAAUGUCUACAAAUUGUUUAUCUUGUAAAGAUAAUAAUCAAAGAAUCUAUUUAGAAGAAUCUCAUUAAUGUAUUUGUCCUUUAGGAUAAUUUGAAAGUGAUUAAAAAUGUUAAUCUUAUUAAGAUUUAUCUGAAACAUUAAAUUUUAAGGAAAUAAAUAUUGAAGUAUCAAAUUCUUAAUGUAUAUUUGGAUAUUUUUAUUUACCAAAAAUUCAAUAAUGUAUAGAAUGGUAUAAAUAUAAUUAUAUAUAUAAGUCCAUAAUAAAGUCCUUAUAAUUUAUUUUGCUUAGAUUGUUUAUUGAAUCCUACUGAUUGGUAUAUUCGACCAAUUUGUACUACUGAUUUUAUAACAUAAUAGGUUAAUAAAGAAGAAGAUGCUUUUACUAAAUAAAUAAGAUCUGCUUUAGAUUAUGAUUUAUAUUAUAUAGAUAAUGAAAAUAAUGUAAUUUUAUUAGAAGGAGUAAAUGAUUAUUGUGAUAUAAAGAAAGUAAAAACAGAAAAUUGUUUUGAAUUAAAUGUUUAACAUUUAUCAAGUAUUACAUUUGGUAUUUGUAAAUAAAAUAGAUAUUAUUCUAAUCUUAGAUGUAUUUUAUUAGAUGUUGCAUGUAUUUAAUUAAAUCAAAAUAAUAACAAAUGUAUUUAAUGUUUAAAUGGAUAUUAUAUAUCAGAGGAUGGCUAUUCUUGUUUAUAAUGUCCAAAAUAAUGUUAAAGUUGUUAUGCAUUAAAUAAAUGUUAAUCUUGUGAACCUAAUUUUGGACUUCAUAAUGAAUAAUGUGAAAGAUGUGGAGACUUUUGUAAAAAUUGCAAAUAUUCUGAAGAAUUAUAAAUAAUGCAAUGUUUAACUUGUAUAGAUAAUCAUUUAUAUUUCUUAUCAUUAAAUACAUAAGAUUGUAAACAUAAUGAAAUAGCCAAUUGCAAAUAUGCAUUCGAAACUUCAGAUUAUAAUCAAUCUAUAAAUUCAUUAGACCACAAUUUUUAACCUUAUUAUAAUUAAACAAUUAUUCAAUGUGCAAAAUGUUAAGAUGGUUAUAUUUAUUUUGAUUUCAGAAGAACCUGUGAAGAAGAUGUAGUCAAUAUGGAAGGUUGUUUUUAAUCUUUUAUACGACUUUAAGGAGAGUAUAUAUAUUAAGGUUGUCUAUAUGGUAAUUAUAAUGAAAAUGCCUUAAUAAUGUCAUUUUCUGAUUAAUGUCCAAGACUUAAAUUAAAUUGUAUAUAUUGUGUAAUUGAAUUAUUAACAACUCAUACUGUUAAUGGAUUAUAAAUACCUAAAACUGCUUCUUAUACAUGUCUUGCAUGUGAAAAUGGUUAUUAUGCUUCAAAAAAAACUGGAGAAUGUUAAUCAUGUCCACUUCAAUUACAUUGUUUGAGUUGUUAUUAGUAAAAUAAAUUUACUAAAGAUCAUUGGAAAACUGAGAUCCGUGCUUAUUAUAGAGAUUUCAUUGAUACAAGAUUUGCAAAUCAUAAAUUUAAUGAUUAUGGAUUAAGUUAAAAUGAUUCAGAUUAUGAAAUACUAUGCACUUUAUGUGAUGAAGGAUAUGAAUUUUAUGGAGAUAAAUGUAUUGAAAUUUGUCCUGAAUCAUGUUUAAAAUGUGUUAUCAAAAAUGAUAAAAAUAUUUGUGUUAAAUGUCCAAAUAGUUUAAAUGGAAGAAGUCUUAGUUUAAUUGAUAAUAAAUGUGUGCAAUGUCCAUCAAAUUGUAAAAUAUGUAGUGAAAGAGAUUAAAAAUAAGUACAUUCAAUUAAUCCAUUAUUUAAUAAUAUAGAAUUUACUCAUUUCUCUUAUUAUUGUAUAUCUGGAUCAGGAAUAUUAGAUUAAGAAUUAGGAAUAUAUGUAGAUUGUUAAUACGAUUCAUGCAUUAAAUAAAUUGUUAUCAAUCUAAAUUUAUAUUGUGAUUUAGAUGAAUAUAAUAAUUAAAUUGAUUCAUUAACAACCACUGACGAUAAGAUUAAAUUUAAACAUCAAACUAUUUUAAGUGACGAUUUAUUUUCCAAUUCAAGUUUUAAAUAUGUAAAUAUUCACAUAAUCAUUUUAGUUCGAAACAUAAGAAUUUUAUAAAAUAGCUAAUUAAAAAUCUAUUAAAUUAAUCUUGAUUAAAAUAGUUAGUAAUCAUUAAUAAAGUUGUCAAGUAACUGAUUAAUUAUCAAUCUCUUAAAAUUUUAGUACAAAUAUAUUUUCAGCAAUGUAAUUAUAAUUCUUAAUUAAUAUAGAAAUGUAGAACUAGAAAUAUAUGGUAAUGGAAAUACAGAAAUUAAAUUUUAAAAAUAAUUAUUAUUUGCCAAUUUUUCAAGAGUUCACAUUGAAGGAAUUAAAUUUAAUAUACAAUAUUUUAAUUUUGGUCCAAAUAUACUAUAAUUUAUGAGUCCAUUCCAAUAAAAAAUCGAAUUAGUUAAUAUAAUCUAUUAUUAAGAAUCUAAAUUAACAGCUUAUUAUAUUAAUAUAACAAAUGCUACUAAUGUAUUACUAUAAAACAUAUUACUAAAAGAUUGCACAAGAUAUUUUCCAAUUGAAGCUUUUAUCAAAAUUGAAAAAACAAAAUCUUAAUAAACUAUUAAAAUUAAGGAUUUUAGUAUCUUCGAUAGUUAAUUUAAUAAUUUACAUUUAUUUUGGUUUGAUCUAAAAGAAAAUGAUUAAGUUGAAAUGACAAAUAUUAAUGUUAAAUAAACAUUUUUUAAUUAAUCUUUAAUAUAUUAAACAAAUGGAUAUUUAUCAUUGAAUUAAAUACAAAUAAAUUCAUGUAACAUAUCAUCUUAAACGGGAUUAUUUUAGAUUAAUAAAUUAAUAAAUUUUAAAUUAGUUUCUUUAGUAUUUAAAUAAAAUUUAAUUAAUUAAGGUAAAAUAUUUAAUCUUAAUCAACAUGUAAAUUUGAUUAAUCUAAAUUUUAUUAAUAAUGAACUCUAAGGAAAUUCCUUGUUAAUUUAUAAUGAAAAAGUUAAUAUUGAAAGUAUUUUUGUUGAGAAUAUUCUAUUUUAAUUAAAUACAUUUAGUGAAAAUGCAUCAUUUAUGAAAAUCAUUUUAAUCACAUUACUUAAUAAGGAAAUAAUCAUUAAUUAAAUAUCUAUUAUUGAAAAUUAUUUGUUGUAAAAUUCAUUUUAAAGUACAUUAAAUAUUUUGAAUAUAACUUUAAUCUAUUUGGAAGCAUAGACAGUAAAAAUUGAUUAAAUGAUGAUUAAAAAAGUAUAUGGUAUAACUGAUUUAGUAAUUUUAAAUGUUAAUAAGUUGCAAUUAAAUUAAAUAUCAAUUUAACAACAUGAUAAACAGAAAUUUAAAGGGCUUUAUUAACAUUUUGAUUGUUUCAAAUAAUCUAUUCAAAAUUAAUUUAAUUAUCCUUGGAUUAAAAUUUAUGAUGUGGCAAUAAUUGAGAUUCAAUUUUUAAAUAUAACAAAAGCCUAAUCGAUUAAUUACCCAAUUAUUGAAAUUAAGACUUCAAUCUUUACAUCAUAAACCUUAAAGUAGAUAAAAAUGUCAUAAAUGCGUUUUAUUGAAAAUAUGCUUAUAAUGACUAACAACAUUAACAUAGCUUCAAUUAUGAAAAUAAUAUCUGAAGAAAAUUAUGAUAUAGAAAUAGAAUAAUCAACAUUUGAAAGAAAUUUGAUGCAUCAAUAUGAAUAUAUUGAUUAAAUCAAUUCAGGUUUGAUAUUCUAUGUUGAUUGUAAGACUUGUACAUUCUUUUUUAAUAAUGUAUAAGUUUAAUAAAAUAUUGUUACAAACUCUUCUAAUAGCAUUUUUAACUUUUAAAUUAAAAGUAUAGAUAUGUAUAAUUGCAGCUUUAUAGAAAAUAACUUAUACAAUUAUUCAAUUUUACAGCCUUAUUUAUUUUGGGGUUAUAAAAAAGAUUAGUAGAUAUUUAUUGAAUAGAUAAAAGAAAUAUUUCCAAUAAAAGUUAAAACAGGAAAUGCUAAAAUUGUAUGUCAAAAAAUACUAAUAAAAGAUAUUAUAAUUUCUAACUCUACAGUUUCAGGAUUUUAUAUCUCAUUAGAAAAAGAAGCUUUUGUCCAAAUUUAGAAUGCUAUAAUUAGUUUUAUUUAUCCUUCAUUUUCUAGUGAAGAUGAAAAUGGUGGUGCCUUUUUGAUUGAUACUUCUUCUUCUUUUUCUUCAAUAAUUAAGUUAAUAAAUAUCUAUGCUACUUAUAUUCACUGCAGAAAUAAAGGUGGUUUAUUAUACAUUUCAAAUGUUUUAGAGGGUGCUACAAUCUAAGUUUAAAAUAUUGUUAUUCAUGAUGUGUAUUCCUUAAAGGGAUCAUUAUUUUAUUUAGACUUUUCAUAGUUUACUAAAUUGAAACAAUAAUUUAUUCUUGAAAAUUUAAAAUUGACUAAUUCGAAAUAAGAAUUUUUGCAAUUUAUUAGCACCUUUAAUGAACCUAAUAGCUAAUUAUUAUCAGAAUUAGCAUUUGGUAGAAGUUUGUUCGAAAUAAAUAAUGCAAAUUUAGUAAGUUUAUAAAAUAUUAUGAUAAACUCAUUAUUUUAUGAAUCUUUCGCUAUUUUAUCAUAAGCAUUAACAUUAUAAUUAAAAAAUUGCAGAAUAUCAAAUUCAUCACUUUAAAACUCAUUAUUAAUUUUGAAUUUAAUGAAAAGUAACUCUACAAUAAGAAUUGUAGAGUUUCAUGUAAUAAAUACUUAAAUCUUGAAUCAAAUACCUAUAAUAGAAAAAUGUACUUUAUAUUCAUUAAAUAUUAAAAUUGAUCCUUAAAUCUGUUCAAAAGAUAUAGCCUUUUAAGAAUCCCCUCUUUUAUUAUUAAGUGAAUAAACCCAUGAUAAUUUAUAUAAAAGUUAUUGCAUAAUUGGUAAAAUGAAUAUGCAAUAAUCAACAAUACAAAGUCUUAUAGAAAUUAAUCCUUAAAUGACAGUUGUAGAGAUAUCUGAACUUCAUUUAAAAAUGAUUGAAUGUGAGAUAUGUAAAAAAGGGUUAUUAAGUAUAAAUAUUUAAGAUGCUUAGAGUAAAAUAACUAUGAAUUAGAUAAUUUUUAAUAAUAAUUCAUGUGGUAAAUAAAGUUGCUUAAAUAUAGUAAAAUCUAUUUCAGAACUUAGAAUUUUAUAAUCCUUAAUCUAGAAUAUCAAUGAAAAAUAAUAUGAUUUAAGAUUACAAAAUUAUAAAUGUGUUCAAAACUUUGCUUAUAGAGGUACUUGUUUAUACAUACAGGAUAUUAAAACUUUAAUAAAAGAUUCUAUUUUUGAAAAUAAUACUGCUAAAUCAUAAGGUGGAUCAAUCUAUGUAAUUGGAAAUAAGAAUUUUUUUGUAUUGAACUCUGUAAUUUAAUUUAAUUAAGCUGAAUUUGGUGGAGGAUUAUUUUUAAAGGAUUAGAUAGUUUAAAAUUUAAAUAAAUAAGAAACAUUAAUUAAUAAUAAUAUAGGAUUAUAAUUUGGUAGUGAUUUUGCUUAACUUGCUUCUCAAUUAUCAGUUUAAAUUGAUAUAGAUAAUAUUCUACCGAAAGUAAAGGUAUUUGAAAAUGAAAAUACUCUAAUAGAAAAAGUUAAAAUUGGAAAUUAUAUCUUAUUUUAAAAAAGUUAUUCUGACUCAUUAUAUGUUCCAAAUGGGUAAGUAUUGUCUUAAUAUUAAUAUUUUGAUUAGAUAAAAUAAACGUAUACGUAAUAUAAUUUGCAUUUAAGAUUAAUUCCAUUAGAUUAAUUCACCAAUGUUUAAAAAAAUUUAAAUAAUACUUAUUGUUUAAUAAGUGGCAGGAUACUUAAUGAGAAAGAAGAAUCAAAUUUUACUUCAGAAUUUACAAAUUUUAAUAAUGUAACAUUCAAUUAAUCAGAUUAUUAUAAUUUUGAUAAUAUAAUCUUUUACUUAGAUGAUUAAUAGAAUAGGACAUAUUAAUUUUAAUUUUAGUGUAAUUCCAUAUUCCCUCCAAUUUAUGGAAAAAAUUAAGAAAUUGUAGGAUAUCACAACAAUUAUAUCUUAAGAAUGAAUAUUAAAUCAUUACCUUGUUAAUUAGGUGAAAUUAAAAGCAUUUUUGACGGUACUUGUAUACCUUGUAAUGCAACAUAAGGUUUAUAUUCAUUAGUUCUUAAUUCUAACACAUGUUAAUAGAAAGAUGAUUUCUCAACAAGUGAAAUUAAAUCAGCAUAAUUAAAAUUAAAACCAGGGUUUUGGAGACCUUAUUUUGAUACCGAUGAUAUUAGUUAAUGUAUAAAUUUACUAGAUAAUUGUAAUGGUGGAUGGAUAGAAGGGGAUACAUCUUGUUAUGAUGGUCAUGUUGGAGCAUUAUGUGAAGAAUGUGAUAUUUAUAAUAUUCGAGGAUUAGGAUAUUUUUCAACAAAUAAAAAAUAUACUUGUGGCUCUUGUGUUGAUAAUAAAUAAAAUAUUGCUGCAAUUACUGCAAUAAGUUUAUGGUAUAUUUUUGAUAUUAUUAAUUAAGGACUUUAAUUUCAAUAUUAAUUUCUGUUAGAAGUAAUAUAUCAAUGA